AUGGCAUAUGACAGAGGAGGAUACGGCGGUGGCGCCCACCAGCGUCCGGCGCAGCAUGCAUUCAACGAUCGGCCGCCGCCAGUGCGACACUACGAAUCUCCGCAGGCCUAUGGCGACGCGUACGACGACCGCGGUUACGACGACCGCGGUUACGACGACCGUGCCGGCUACGGGCAAGAUGUGAAACAUGCAUAUCAAGGCAACGGCCGGGCCCCGCAUGGUCGCCCGGGACCGGGACAUCAAUACCACGGAUCAGGUCCCGAAAUAGGCGGCCUUCCCAUGCCUCCCAGCCGAGGUGCCAUGCCCCGUCCCUCGACGGCUGAUGGUUAUCGUGCCGGUCAGCCUCCCAGAGACAGGGGAGGGGGUCCGAGGCCCGGGCCGGGACCGCCACGAGCCAUGACAGGCCCCGGCAGAGGUGGCCCGUCCGGCCCGUACCCGCCGAACCAAGAUCACGCCGGCCGCCGACCAGAGAUGAGAGGCCCGCCGGGCCGUCGUGAGCCCGGCUACGGCGCGAACGAGGACAUUGCCGGUCCCAUGUCGGACAUGUCCAUCAACGGUCGGCGGGGAGGAUAUCCAGAGGCAGCCCCCGGCCCGGGCGGUUAUCCGGCAUCUGGACAAUACGCCUCGCACCCGGCGGAUGCUGGCAGGGGGGGUCGGCCACGGGAUUUUCCGCCGCGCGAAUUCCCCGACCAGAGGCAAGGUCCGCCCCCCGGACGGAACGCGGGAGGUUACGGAGGUCCGAGGGAGGACUUUGGCCACCCUAGCCGAAGCAUGACGAUGCCUGUAAACGACUCUACGAGGCACAACAUACCUCCACGGCAGCGAAUGGACUCGGUGCCCGUCAACGGCCUUUCCGGUCAAGGCAUGAUGAUGCCUAGGCAGGGCAAUCGACUGCCUCCUCAGAGAAACUUCAGCUCGAAUGCUCAGCUACCGCACGAGCAGGCUUUCGCCGACAAUGACCGUUCUGGAUACGGCCGUCAGCAGGCUCCGGCGGCCGGCGGCGCUUUCGACACGUACGGUGCCCCGCCUCGCGGCCGCCAACCAGGGUACGAUGCCGAGCCCGCCUCGCGGCCAACCCUGCCCGACUUCAACUCGGAUCCGAGCCAGCGAGGAGGACGGCGAUCGUUCGACCAAGUGAUGCGGCCCGAGUAUGGGCAACCCCACGCCGGUCCCAAUCAGAUGCCUAGGCUGCACCACGCCAAGUCCGAGGCCAACAUCCGUCAGCCGCAGGCUGCCGUCUUCGAGAUGCCGGGCGACAUUCCCUCGGUCCCUCCCAUGCCGCCCAAUCCGGCGGGCUUUUCGGACGGCUACGGCCGCUCCAGGAGCUACGACGUCAUGGCCCAUCCGCCUCGCGGGCCAGCUGCGCCGCCCGCCGCUUCUCAACCCAGCCACGGAGGUGUCCCGAGGACGCAGACGGGCCUGUCGCAGGGCACGAACGCGGACUCGCUGCCUUCCCAUCCUACGCCGGUCCGCCCGGGCUUGAUGGCCGGUUCCAUGGUCAGCCUGAACGACAGGUCGCCCCCCGUUCGGCACUACGGGGGCGUGCCGCACAUGGCAUCGCCGCAAUCUCUGCCGCCUCAGGGCCAGGAACGGAUGGUCGCGCGAGCGGGCCACCAGGUGCCGGAGGUUGCGCCCAUCGAGGAGCCCGUGUCUCCGCAGGAGCUCGAGCGGCUGCGGGUGGCCAUCAAGAACAACGCCAACGAUCAGGAGGCGGCGCUGAGGCUCGCCCGGAAGCUCAUCGAGGCGGCCGACGUGCUCGCGCCGAACCUGCCGGACCCGAAGCAGCGGACCAGAGCGCGCGAGCGCUACCUGCUGGAUGCGCACAAGAUUCUGAAGAAGCUGACGGUGUCGCAGAACCAGGAUGCCAUGUUCGUCAUGGCCGACGGUCUCGGCCGCGGCCUCUUCGGCAACGCGCCCGACAACAAGGAGGCCUUUACGCUCUACCAAUCGGCGGCCAAGCUGGGGCACGCGGCGGCGGCGUACCGGACGGCCGUCUGCUGCGAAAUCGGAAACGACGAAGGCGGCGGGACGCGCAAGGACCCGCUCAAGGCGAUGCAGUGGUACAAGCGGUCGGCCACGCUCGGCGACCCUCCGGCCAUGUACAAGGUCGGCAUGAUCCUGCUCAAGGGGCUCCUGGGCCAGCCGAGGAACCCGAGGGAGGCGGUCGGCUGGCUCAAGAGGGCGGCGGAGCAGGCUGAUACGGAGAACCCGCACGCGCUGCACGAGCUCGGGCUGCUCUACGAGUCGGCGCAGCCCAACGACGCCAUCGUCCGGGACGAGAUGUACGCCCUCAGCCUGUUCCAGCAGGCGGCCGACCUGGGCUACAAAUUCUCGCAGUUCCGGCUCGGCAGCACGUUCGAGUACGGCCUCAUGGGGUGCGGCAUCGAUCCGAGAAAGUCCAUCUUCUGGUACUCCAAGGCGGCAGCCCAAGAGGAGCACCAGUCGGAGCUCGCGCUGAGCGGCUGGUACCUCACGGGGACCGAGGGUGUCCUCGGUCAGUCGGACACGGAGGCGUACCUGUGGGCGAGGAAGGCGGCCGUUGCCGGGCUGGCCAAGGCCGAGUACGCCAUGGGAUACUUCACCGAGGUCGGCAUCGGCGUGCCGGCGAACCUCGAGGACGCGAAGCGGUGGUACUGGAGAGCGGCAGCCCAAGACUUUCCCAAGGCGCGGGAGAGGCUCGAGGAUCUCAAGCGGGCGGGAAAGAACGGACAUCCCCGACAGCGCGAGAGGAUAUCACGAAGCCGCAUCGGGAGGCAGCAGGAAGGGGAGUGCAGCAUCAUGUGA